AAUAUUUUUUUUAAUGAUAAAUCUUAAAUUAAUUUCUAGUGAUGAGAAAAAACAUAAAAUCAAUAUUUUCUUAAGCGAACUUUCUUCGUAUAUAAGAAGUCAAAGUGAUUGCAAUGCGUGUAUAAAAAUUACAAAAAAAAUCAAUUCAAUCAAAAUUUAUGAAACGUAAAAUAAAAGAUUAAAAAAAAGAAAAAGAAAUUGCAAUCUAGAGCAGUAGCAGCGACCUUUCUAAACAUUAGUAGAGACAGAGAGAGAGAGAGAAAGGGAGAGAGCGUGUAUAAUUGCGCGUGCACGUUUGUAUGGCAAUGAAAAAAAAAAGAGUUUUGAAAAAUCAAAACAAAACUCAAUAGCGACAUAUGCACAUAUACACAUAUAUAAUUAAAGUUUAAAAAGAAUAAAACAAAAGAGGAAAACAUUCGCCAAUAGUUUGUUUAAUGUGCAAAGACUCAUCUUUGUUCCUGCUUGAUUGGGCGACUGGGCUGGAUGUGGGACGAAUAACGAAUGCAUCAUCAUCAUAAAAUUGAUCGUUAAGAUUCGGGACUAAUUCAAUUCGUUCAUAGCUGAUGUUUACAUUUAAGCUGCAUCAUCAUGACGCUGCACAACAAUAGAUGCGAGCUUUAUGGCUGAAGUAUUAACUUUUAAAUACCUUUUUGAUAUGCUUUUAAAUUGAAAAACAAGGAAGAUAGAAGCAGCCUUUAAAGCCGAUUGCACUUCCUAUCAACAUACAUAAAUAAUAAUAAGAAGUUUACUUUUAGCUUAACAUAGAAAUUACAGUAAAAGCACUGAACAAAAUCAUAAGUUUUUAGGAAAACAUGACUCUAGAUGCACGAUCGUAUGUAACCGCUGCAGCGACAGCAACAGCGAAAAGAUGUUUUCUAACGAUGGCAGCCUUAUUUGGAGUAAUUUUGUUCGUGUCGAUACCAAAUGUCUCGGCUGAAUGUCAAACCCGUUCUAUAUAUUGUUAUGAAUGCGAUUCAUGGACAGACGCCAGAUGCAAAGAUCCCUUCAAUUAUACCGCCCUACCACGCGAUCAACCGCCAUUAAUGACAUGCAAUGGCUGCUGCGUUAAAAUGGUCCGACACUCGAAAUCACCUUAUGAGGUUGUUAGACGUAUGUGUACAUCACAAUUACAAAUAAAUUUAUUUAUGGUCGAUCACGUGUGCAUGAUGGAAAGUUCAGGCAAUGGACAUAUGUGCUUUUGUGAGGAAGAUAUGUGCAAUUCUAGUAAAAAUUUAUAUAACAUCAACAACAUUCCUCACAUCAUCUUAAUAUCUCAGCUCAUAAUCUUCUUUGUUCUAUUUAAUCAGCAAACGUAUCAUCUUCGCUCCUCAGUAGUUAACAGAUAGACAAGAUAACAAAGCAGUACUUACAUGCUAUCACUGUUGUUGUUCUCAUGAUUGCCAUCAUUAUCCACUAUCAUCUCAAUUAAUAAGUUUGCCAAGCAUUAUUAACACACUUACCAACAGUUAGAUUUAUUAUCUCUCUCUCUCUCUCCUUCUCCUUCUCUUUCUCUUUCUCUCUUUAUCUCUCGUCGUAUUUCCUUUAUUCUAUCUAUCUAUCGAUCUAUCGAUCUAUCUAUCGGUUUAUCAAUCUAUCUUCUAUCAAUUGUUUCUUGUGCUCGGUUGUUUUCUUUAUAUAUUAUCUACAUACAUUUUUACUACGUAGAAUUAAUAAUACAUUGAAUUAUUUAUUUAACGAAUACCACGAAUUUUUGCUAUAAAGACAAUAGAUUGAUUUGGGCAACAAGAGAAAGUAGAUACUAUUGUUCUACAAAAAAUUGUGUUGUUAUUGUUAUUGUUAACAUUUAUUGCUAUCAUAGUUGUAGAAUUUAAUUAAUUUUCAUUCAAUUCCCG